UUACACUCUCUCUUCUCUUCAAAUAUUCAUACCUUUAUUUUCUUUCCUUCCAAACAAGCACCUUACAAACACAGCACAAAACACAAAAUAAGCCCCCCUCUAGAAAGUUUCUAUCUUUAAUCUUCUGUUUGUUGCUCGAGAAGGAAUUUGAUCUAGAAUCUUUCUCGGGUUUGCGAAUAUGAUGUACGAACAGCAACAGCACCAGCAGCAAAUGAGAAUGGAUACCAAGAAGAAAGCUGCUCAUGAGAGGAAAAAGUCAAUGGAUGAAGAGAGGCUUGAGAUUGUGGAUUUGAGUGGGAUGUCUCUUGAUGCCCUGCCUAAUCCUUCCCUUAAUUUGGGAACUAUUUGCAAGCUUGAUCUUUCCAAUAACAAUCUUCAGAACAUACCAGAAUCCUUGACAGCAAGGUUACUAAACGUGCUAGUGCUGGACGUGCAUUCAAAUCAGCUGAAAUCUCUUCCAAACUCAAUUGGUUGUUUGUCCAAGCUUAAGGUCCUCAAUGUUUCUGGAAACCUUCUUGCAUUUCUCCCAAAAACCAUUGAAAAUUGCAGGUCAUUGGAAGAUCUGAAUGCCAACUUCAACAAGCUGAGCCAGCUCCCAGACACCAUUGGUUUUGAGCUCCACAACCUCAAGAAGCUAUCAGUGAACUCCAACAAGCUUGUCUUCCUACCACGCUCCCUCACCCACCUGUCUUCUUUGCGCGUACUAGACGCUCGUCUCAACUGCCUCAGGUCCCUCCCUGAAGAUCUUGAGAACCUUAUCAACCUUGAAAUUCUCAAUGUGAGCCAAAACUUCCAGUACCUCGAAACCCUACCAUACUCCAUUGGCCUCCUCAUGUCUCUUGUCGAAUUGGACGUCAGCUACAACAAGAUCACGGCUCUACCAGACUCCAUCGGAUGCCUCAAGAAGCUUCAGAAGCUUACUGUACAAGGCAACCCUAUGUCUUCGCCUCCUCCUGAGGUGUUUGAGCAAGGAUUGCAUUCAGUGAAGGAGUACCUUAGUGAGAAAAUGAAUGGGGGACACAAGAGCCCACCCAAGAAGAAGUCUUGGAUGGGCAAGUUGGUCAAGUACGGCACAUUCAACGGGGCUCGAAGCGUAUCCCGGGAGGAGAAAGAAGGGUUCAUCAUGCCCGAGUAUCGCUCCAUCGACGGCCUUGCUUCCCCGAGGUACAUGGGGAUGUUCUCACCACGUCGCCUCUUCUCUCCCCGUAAUUACUUCACUCGGUGAAGGGUAAAAUCGUCUUUCGGAAAAAAUAAUGAAAAUUAAGAAUCCUACUUACGUUCAUGAAUCAUGAGUUUGAAUACUCAUGAGGAUGGGGUUAAUGUCGAGAGUGUGUGUGUUUUUGUUUUUGUUUUUGUUUUUGUUUGGGGUGAUGGUAUUGGUAAUUAAUGGUGUUAUAAACCAUGUAGGUAAGUGGGGUUGAUAGUAGGAUUGUCUUGUGGAUAAGUUCUUUGAGCAGAUCAUGUAGCUUGCAUUAGAAAUAGUAUUAUAGGGUCUCCUCUAUAUCAGAUAGAUACAUGGGGUCUGUGGGUCAUUUAAAAUAUUAGUAUUUCAUGCAUGUCUGGUCUGUAAAUAAAUUUCAUGGGCUUCAUGUACAGUUUUGGAUCUUUUUAUAAAUAAAUCUUUUGUAGCAACCGGAAUUUAUUA